AUGAACGAGGAUAUUGAGAUUGUUUUCCACCAUAGAGGAAAGUUCGUAAAUGAUGGGACCCUGAAAUAUGAAGGUGAAACUUCUACUUUGUCGUUUGACCCAGAUAUGUGGAGUUACUUUCUAGUUGUUAGUGUAGUCAAAGGUUUGGGAUAUGUUGGCUUUAAAUAUUUGUGGUACUCUAUAGGAGAGGGUUCAGUGUUGGAAGACGGGUUAGAGCCUUUGAUUGAUGACACUAGUGGCAUACAUAUGGUUAACUUAGCUAGGCUUAAUGGUCAAGUUCAUGUAUUCGUGGUACAUGUUGUUUCUGAACCCCAAGUCAUACACAUGUUGGAAUAUAUUAAUGAUGAUGAAGGAGAAGUGGAACCUGUGUUGCAUGAGUCCAAUAGGUGUGUAGAAAAUCGAACUCAUUUUGAUGGUGAAGUUGAAGGUGAAGGUGACGUAGAGCAAGAGGUACAUGAAUGUGAAGGAGUUGUGGAGGAGGAAGUUGAUGUUUGUAGUUGGAGUUCCUCUAGUGACCAUGGUAGUCUAGAUGGAAACUGUCAGUGGUUGGAAGGGCUAGCUGAUGUCAGUGUUGAUUGUGAUAUAGAUGGUCAUAUAGAUGUAGAAUGGUCUAGUAAUGUGGAAGUAGAAGUCCAAAGUCUAUCACAUCAAUUUAGUGGACCAUGUUCCAGUGAGGCGUCACACAACAACUUUGAUGAUAAUGAGAGAGGUUUGUCAGAUGAUGAGUGGCAAUUUAAGGAAUUAAUUAGUGGAUCAGAUAAGGAUGAAGAGGUUAAUGAUAAUGAGGGUUAUGGUUUGCAACCUUUUUUAUGCCAAAAACUGAGAACUAUUGUAGACAAGCAUAUCUGCAACAGGGAGUUCAACCUGAAGUUACUUGAUGCCAAGUGGUUGAGCAAGAAGUUAGAGAAAACAGUGAGAGAAAAUCUAAAAGUCAAAGAUGUAGAUAUUCGUGAAAAUAUUCAAAGAAAAUGGAACAUUGGUAUAUCUAGGUGUAUGGCUUAUAGGGUCAAAGUUAUUGCUUCAGCUCAGUAUAAAAGGAUAUAUGAUUAUGCCCAUGAGUUGCUGGCAAGAAAUCCAAGAUCAACAGUGAAAGUACAAGUUGAGGAUAAUGAGGGUGAAGUAUUUUUCAAGAGAUUUUACGCAUGUCUUAAGGCAUGCAAAAACAAAUUUGUGUCUUGUAGGCUUAUAAUUAGAUUAGACGGAGCCUUCUUGAAAGGGAAGUAUGGUAGGGAGUUGUUAACGGUUGUUGGGCGAGAUGCCAAUGACCAAAGAUUUCCUAUUGCAUAUGUUGUGGUUGAAGUGGAAAACAAGGAUUCAUGA